AUGUCACGUCAUGGGAGCAACCCAUCCAUACUUCAACGGGCUAGGUGUAACCGCAUUUUUGCACUAUUACCUGAAAGAAAUGCACAGUCUGAUGGUAGUGAGCUGUCAGACGUUGAAGAAGAGGACUUCUUUGAACCUCCAGAUGAAGACUGUUUCAGUUCUUCUCCGCCUUCCAUAGAUUCGUCACUCGAACGAAUGAAUAUACUUGACAGCGAUGACGAAGAUCCCUCUUUUGCAACACCAGCUGCGUCACUUUCUGUGACUAACGAUCGAUCCGAUUCGCCUUCGAACCUUGAUGUAGCGCUUUCUCCUGUAUUGAAUGCUGUAUUUCCUUCCAAUGACAAAAUUGAUUACAAUUCUUUACCUUCUAUAAGUUCGAUUCCAUUAUUGCCAUCACCGGCUUUACCUGUGCCAGUUACUCCAUCUACAUCACGUGGUCAAAUAUGCACGAGAUCUAGAAAGCGCGGACGUGACAUGCAACCCCGACUUCUAGUAAAAAGAGCAAAACGACUACAAUUAAAUUUCCACUGGAAAAAAACACGUUUUUCCCACAGUGCUUCCAUAGAACCAGUUGUAUUUACAGAUCCACCUCCUGAAGAUAUUUCUCCACGAAGGUACUUUGCACUGUUUUUCUCCGAUGAAAUCAUUACUGAAAUUGUAAAUCAAAGUAAUAUGUAUUCUGUAGAAAAAACAGAUCGCUCUGCUAACAUAACGAAGCCAGACAUUGAAAAUUUUGUGGCUAUUCACAUUCUUAUGGGGGUGGUAAGAAUGCCGUGUUAUUUAGAUUACUGGAGUUCGCGAUUGAGGUAUCCGCCAAUUGCAGACAUUAUGCCUUUGAAGAAAUAUCAGCUAAUCCGGCGAUUUAUUCACUUCGCUGAUAAUAAUGAACCGAGUACGGAUAGAUACCAAAAGGUUCGACCUGUAGUUGAAAGUGUAAGACAAAACUGCUUACGUGAUGCUGAAGAAGAGGACAGAUUUAGCAUUGACGAGAUGACUCUUCCUUACAAAGGUAAAAAGGCUGGCAACAGGCGUCAAUACAAUGCAAAAAAACCAAAGAAGUGGGGUUUCAAAGCUUUUGUACGAAGUGGAGUGUCUGGAUAUGUUUACGACUUCCUUUUAUACGGGGGUGACGAUACCUUCCGCAGUAUACAAUUCAGCUCAGAGGAACAUUCGUUAGGGUUUGGAGGUAAAGUAGUAGUGGUUCUCUGUCAAUCGAUUAAAAAAAGGCCAUGCUUUGUAUAUUUCGAUAACUAUUACACAUCUCUCGAGCUAGUAGUGUAUUUGAGAAAUGAGCUGGGAAUAUUCAGCCUUGGUAAUGUAAAGGCUAACCGCUUGCGAGGAUGUCAAGAGAAAUUGGAUACAGAUAAAAUGCUAAAAAGAAAAGGUCGGGGAUCAUUUUCGCAGAUAGUUUGUAAUCGCAAUAAAGUUUCAGUCGUAAAGUGGUUAGAUAAUAAGCCAGUUACCUUGGCCUGUUCAUUUGCUGACGCAUAUCCAGUUAGCAAAGUAAAUAGAUAUUCCAAAGAACUGAAAACGCGGACGAAUGUAUAUUGUCCGCAGGUUGUAAAAUUUUAUAACAUGCAUAUGGGAGGUGUUGACUUGGCAGACAUGUUGAUAGCCCUUUAUAGGACCCAAAUAAAAAGUCGCAGGUGGUAUAUGGGCAUUUUUGCUCAGAUGCUAGAUAUCAGCGUAAAUAACGGAUGGAUUCUAUAUCGAAGAUAUUGUGCCCAGAAAAAUCUCAAGAAAACCAUGUCACUCAAAGAAUUUCGAUGCCAAAUUUUUUUCGAAUUCCAAACCGAUAGAGCACCAUGA